UUGUAGAUUUAAAUAGUGAACAGCAAGUAACUCUUAGAACAGUAAAUGUGCCUAAAGGGCCUGAGGGACUUGGACUUUCUAUUAAAGGAGGAAGUGAGGGAACACAUCGAGUGCCGAUAGUGAUUUCUAAGGUCCUUCCCGGCCUCUCAGCAGCCAAGACUAAUCAAGUAUUUGUUGGUGAUUUAAUUGUUGAAGUUAAUGGAAUGUCUUUGGAGGGGAAAACGCAUGAGGAGGUUGUCCAACUUCUAAAGGAUUCUACUGGUCCCCACGUUACGUUAACUCUAAAACGUGACAGUUCCGCUUCUCCUCUUUUGCGUAACACUGCAGAAACUUCUCCUGUUUCUGAUCAUAUUACUGUUUUUAAGGUAGGGAUUUUGAGAAGAAAGUUUAUUAAAGGGAAGUACCUCUAUAUUACGUACACUUGUGUAAUGCUUGUUAUCUUCGAUAGUAGUGAUAACUAG